AGCGGAUACUCCUCCGGUCAGUAUGUCCGGUUUAACGGUUUAACGGGUUAACGGGUUUACGGUUUGAUUCGGUCGUUUUUGCAGAAGCGAGAGAUAAACACCGGAGACAUGGAGGCAGUGAGCAAGUGGAGCCCGCAGCAAGUGGUGGACUGGAUGAGCGGUCUGGACGACAGCCUGCAGCAGUACAUCCCGUCCUUCCAGCAGCAGCAGGUGGACGGGGAGAAGCUGCUCAGGACGUCCCACCAGGAGCUGCUGUCUCUGGGCUUGUCGCGGGUCGGACACCAGGAGCUGGUGCUGGAGGCCGUGGAUCUGCUCUGUGCGCUGAACUACGGCGUGGAGAAGGACAACCUGAAGACGUUGGUGGGGAGGAUGAGAGCGGCGCACCACAGCCUGAGCGGCUCGGUGUCUCAGCGCAGGAAGAACCCGGCCUACCACAACAAAAUCUCCCAUCAGCCCUCCAACGAGUUCCUCACCGCCGUGGUCGAGCUCAUCGGAGCCGCCAAGAGUCUGCUGGCCUGGCUGGACGGGACUCCUGUGACGAGCGUUAGUGACUUCACUUCCACUAAGAGCCGAAUCAUCCAGCUGUGCCUGGAGCUCACCUCCACCGUGCAGAAGGACUGCACUGUUUAUGAGAUCGAGGAGAAGAUUCUGGAAGUGUCCCGAGCUCUGACCGCCGUCUGUGAGAAGACGGUCCAGGUGACCUCUGACCCCUCAAAGAGUGAGAUGUCCUGUCUGGAGGAGGUGCACAUCACCAACAUCAAGCCUGGGGAGGGACUGGGUAUUUACAUCAAGUCCACCUACGACGGGCUUCACAUCAUCACGGGAACGACAGAGAAUUCUCCUGCAGAUAAAACCCAGAGGAUUCAUGCUGGAGAUGAAGUCGUUCAGGUCAACAAACAGACAGUGGUGGGCUGGCAGUUGAAGCGCCUGGUGGAGAAGCUGAGGGCGGAGUCUGGAGGCGUCGUCCUGGUGGUGAAGAAGAGGCCGUCUGGAACGUCCGGCGGCUUCGCACCUGCCCCGCUGAAGAACCUGCGCUGGAGGCCGCCGCUCAUACAGACCUCUCAAGGAGCUCCGGGUCUCUACAGAACCCGACAGCUAGAAACCUCCGACGCUCCUGGGAAGAGAGGGAAGACGGCCAUGUUGGAUUUGUACGUCCCUCCUCCCCCCGCCGCACCUUACGCACCGCUAGACGGGAACACGAACAUGUCUCCACGUGUCAAGCGGAGGCCCAAGUCUCCGAACUCGUGUCUGGACUCGGACGUGCGGCGACGCUUCACUGUCGCUGACGACAACAGAACGCCCGUCAGCCCCCCCCCGCCUGAACUCAACCAACCAAUCCCUGUGUGCCUUAGACAGCGGCCGUCUACACGUUGUAAACCUCGACCCGUCUCCAUGCCGGUGGAGUCGUUCUCAGGUGACCCGUCCUCCAGGCCCGGCACUCAGAGAAAGAAAGACGUCCUGCACAGAUAUCUGAGUAACGAGGGCAUCAGCACCAUCACGGAGGAGGAGCCGUGUUUCCCUCUGCCAUACCGAGGACACCCGUCUGUCCGCGGCGUCGACCACAUCAGGGGCAGCCAGUGCUUCAUCAACGCCAACCUGCACAACAGCGCCACCAUCCCUUACCAGGAGCCAGCGGCGUCCAAAAAGUCUGCCUCCUCCCCCUCCUCCACCACCGCCACCGUUCCUCCUCCUCCUCCGAUGGCCGUCACCAAACAGUCCACGUCGCUGCUCGGCGGCUGGCUGGCUCGUCUCCGGCUGCUCAGCCACACAAACAAAACCUUUUUCUAUUUCCUAGACAUCAGAGAGGACGUUUGUGUGCAGAGAGUCUCUGAGGAACAGAAGGGUCGUGCAGACCUCGUUACACAGGAAGGACGAUGCGGCCACAUGCAUGUGUGUCUGAGUGUGAUUUCGACUCUGUGGUCUGUUUGCGUGGCGAUGUAUAAAUUCUCACAGGCAGCUUCCUCCUCUGCUGAGCGUCAGUCUGCUGCAGAGACACCAACCACACCGCUGGACAUCCACACUGCAGCCGGCUCCACUGCAGCCAUGAGUCGACGGCGGGUCUCGGUCCGGGAUCUGGGCGUGCCGGACUGUCAGGGCUGGCUCCUCCGCAGGAAGGCGGGCCGCAGCUUCCUGGGAAGCAAAUGGAUGAGAUCCUGGUUUGUCCUGAAGAAGAGUUCUCUGUACUGGUACAGCAACAAGAUGGCGGAGAAAGCAGAAGGAUUCAUCAACCUGUCCGGCUUCACCAUCGAACCGGCUAAACAGUGCAGAAAGAAGCAGUACGCCAUGUUUGCUGUGUUUCUAUUGGUGGCAGCAGUCGUGUUCAGCUGUGAUCAAAUCCAGAAGACUCAAAUAUACUGUCAGACUGUCUCAUCUGUUCAAGUUAAAGUUUACAUUUACAAUACAUUUAAAAUAGUAUUUGCUCCAAAAGAUAGCUCGCUAGCUUGCUGUUGUUUCAGUGCCAUAACAGCCAGUCAUCCUCUGGUUGUGACUAUUUUCAUCGCCGCUGAGAGCUUCACAGACAUGAAUAAGUGGAUCAGUAAACUGUCGGAGGCGGCUGAGCCGUGUCAGCUGAUCGACACCGAAGAGUGCUACAGUGAGGGCAGCGACCUAGAUGCUGACGAGCUCGUCUCCACUUCCUGUUCUCUGAACUCUGAGCAAGAAACAGACAAUUCUGAAAAUGGAGACGUUCUUCGGCCUCUCUGCGACUCAACACCAACCAGUGAAGACAGACGAAGGAGCCCCUCGGAGGCCGGAGGCAUGAGUGAAGACAGAAGAAGAAGAAACGCCUCAGAGGGCGGUGAACCUCUGUCCUGGCUGGACGUCCCGGGACCUGAUGGAGCCAGCGGAGGACCCUGCCUCCCUCUGCUGCACAUCGACAAAGAAACCGAAGAGGAGGUCGUCCACGAGAAGCCCCCUGACGAGAUGGAGAGCCUCUACAACCACCUCAGGGCAGCCAGCUUGUCUCCGAUUGGCCGGUCCAGUCAGAGGGACUUCAGAGCGUCGUUCGUCCGACGAUGUCAGAACGACAAAGUCAACGACAAGCUUCACCUGCUCCGGAUCCUCAGCAGCACGCUGAAGGCCAAAGAGUUGGAGCUGCGGGUGGUGGAUCAGGUCCUGACCGACCCGGUUCUCGUGGCGCCCAUAUACAGGAAGUGGAAACUCUCCAACUUCGUCCUGCUGCAGGAGAUCGUUCAAGGCAACCAGGCAGCAGGGGGCGCUGCAGGGCCGACACCUCGGGACGCAUUCACGCAGAGAUGAACAAAAGAAUACUCACAAUACUCCAACAAAAGAGUCACGUGAGGCUGAGCGUAACGUGUCCUCACACAACGGUUCAUUUCACAUCUGACCAAAGAGUUGUUCCUCGUUUUUUGUGCGUUUUCCUACAAAAGUCCAGCAACACGGGUCGAUUUCAAACUAAAGUUCCGUCUUCACAGGAAAC